AUGUCCCCCUGGAAUAGCAUCUACGCAGCGGGCAUCUUCUGGGAUCCCGACGAGCCACUCCCCGCCGAACUCCAACACGAACUGCACCAGAACGAGUCCUACGGCCACGAUGUCCACGCCCACAUCGCUCUCCACACCCAGAUUCCCGGGUCCGGUCCCGGUCCCUACGCCCAAUUCGAUGCCAGCUACGGCAGCGCCAAACCAAAAACCCUCAUCCGCCAUCCUCCAACCCCCCUCCCGCAGUUCACCGUCCAAGAGCCCGGCCCCGACGUCUCGAUCGUGCAGGACACCGCCAAAGUCGCCGUGACCCAGCUCUUCUGGAACGAUGCCAGCGCGCCGAUCAAAGAGGCCGCCUUCACUUUCCCACUGCCUAAUGGAUGCACGGUAACCGAAUUCACCUGCCGCAUCGGUAACAGCAAGAUCAUCCGGGGCGCGGUGAAGCCGAAAGACGACGCGAGACAGGCGUUUCGAAAGCAUAUCCGCACGCAGGAUACCGCGGCUGGUUUGUUGGAGCAGGCCACGCCGGAGAUCUUUACGACGACGCUGGGCAACCUGCCAGCGCAGACCAAGGUUCAAGUCCAACUGACCUACAUCACCGUGCUCAAACACCGCUUCACCGCCGACGACAGCCAAACCACCAUCACCACGCUCACCUUGCCGACCUCCAUCGCGCCACGCUACGGCCCAGCGCCCAAGGACGCCGACAUAGCCGCCGCAUCGACCAACGUGCCUGAGGGUCUGACCCUCAACGUAGAGAUCAUCGAGGCCGGGCGCAUCACCACCAUUACUAGCCCGUCCUCCCACGCCAUCACCGUCACUCGGCAGCGUGGUUCACAAACCGCGCAGAGUUUCGCUGAUCUGGCCGGGCAGACGAUUGAGAGUAAAGUGGAAACGGCGUCGGUGGUGCUGGCUGAUGGGCCGGUGUUGUUGGAGAGGGACUUUGUGCUGGAUAUCACCAGUAGUACCAACAACGAAACCCAACGCCCCCAAGCCUGGCUCGAACACCACCCCACUUUGGCAAACCACAAAACCCUCAUGCUCACCCUCCCGGCAAAAAGCCUAACCGCCACGCCUCUGCCCAUUUCUACAACAGCAGAAGCAGCAACACCUAGUCACCCUGCCGGUACCCAUGAAAUCCUCCUCCUGGCCGACCGUUCCGGGUCCAUGCGCCGGAAAAUCCCCGCCCUCCAAUCGGCCCUGCACUACUUCCUCAAAGGCAUCCCCCUCAACCGAGUCUUCAACAUCUGGUGCUUCGGCACGUCCUACAGUUCCUGGCAGCCAUCCUCGGUUGCGUAUACCCAGGAGAAUUUGAAAAACGCCCUUAACUGGGUGCAGAGUCCGAGGUUUCAGGCGGAUAUGGGCGGGACGGAGUUGUUCCAUGCGCUGGAGGCUAUGUUGGGGCCGAUUAUGGAGGAGGAGGAGGAAUCCCACCACGAUGAUGAGGGGGGUGAUGGGAAAGAAAAGAAGGGGAAGAAAAUAGUUGACGUGAUCAUCCUUACAGACGGGCAGACCUGGAGACUCGAUCAAACCAUCGAGUUAGUGCGGAAAGCGCGGGACAGAUCGGGCGGGAGGGUCAGGGUGUUUGCGCUAGGGAUUGGGAACCGGGUGUCACAUGCGUUGGUGGAUGGGUUGGCCAAGGCCGGCGGGGGAUAUGCGGAAGUUGUGCCGGAGGGGAUAGCGGCCGAGGGGUGGGAGGAGAGGGUGGUCGGGAUGACGAAGGCGGCGUUGGUGAGUCGGCAUUUGGGGCCGGUGAGGGUUGUUUUUGGGGUGAGGGAGGGUGACAAAAUCAUUCACUCCACCCUCGUCGACGCCAAACGCUCCCCCGCCGACGUCUCCGCCCUCAGUCCCUUCGACCACAACCGCAUCUACUUCCACCUCCCCCCGUCCACCGGCUCCAAAACUCUCGAAACAGUCCACCUCGAACUCGAAGCCGACGGCCAGCAUACCAUCUUCCCCAUCCCCGUCACCGUCCUCCCCAAACCAGACACCACGCUCCAUAAACUCGCCGCCCGUGCCAUGCUAGAUGACCUCGAGCGCGGCACUAGCUCCAUCCACCUUGGUCCGCACCGUCCGUACCCAGGUACCUGGGAAGAGACUAGUCUGGUGCGCCGUGAGGCGGAAAAGAUUGCUUGCAAGUGGUCGCUUGUGUCGAAAUGGACUAGUUUUUUCCUGGCGGAGGAACCCUGUCCGCCGCCGGCUGUGCCCUUUCCCAUGUCGGAGAAGGACCUCCUGGCUAAUGGCAUCAUCGAGGUCAAGCCGGGCCCAGGGGAGGAUCUGCUGCAGCCUCGAGGGCCGGAGCCAGCUCGGCAACAUAGCCGCGGCGGAACAUGCGUGGUGGUUUCCUAG